AUGGGUAAGGAUUCCACGUCUGAAAAUGUACACAUUCCAAGAUAUAUAAAGAACCAACCGUGGUUCUACCAAGACACUAAGAAAGAUGAACGGUUGACGGGCAAGGAUGACUACUUGGUUCACCACAGACAGUUGAAGAAGGGCGGUGCGUUGGAUAUAGAUAAUAACUCGGAGCCAAAGCUGGGACUUGGUAUUAGGGAUGAGUUUGAAAAGGUACAGGUGGUUCGAACGUCGAAGCGUGGCGGCAACAGGUGUGGGAACUGUGGUUCUCUGGGGCAUAGCAGGAGAGACUGCUUGGAGAGGGCGAGGAAAGUUCCUAGGCUGGAUGGCGAUACUGGAGCGGUCAUCUCCGUGCGGAAGGAGGCAGCUGGCUCGUCUGAUUGGGACGCUAGAAAGGAUAGAUGGUUCGGCUAUACGGGUAAGGAAUAUGACGAAGUGUUGAAGAAGUGGGAAAAUAGGCGACAGACUGCGACGCAGGCAGACGAAGACUGGUGGGAUACGGAUGAGGAAGUGGAGCUGACGAAGCUAGGGUUGUACAAGGACACUGGCGGAAUCCUAAGGGCGGAAGAGUUCGGGAACACCAAACUGCAGCGGGCUUCUGUGAGGCUGAGGGAGGAUCGGGCUGCGUAUUUGAACGAUCUGAACGCCGAAGAGAUCAAGUACGAUCCCAAGUCACGGUUGUACAAGACCGAGAGUCUCGGCUCAGUCGACGAAGAGUCCAAGAUGUUCCGAAGGCACCUGACUGGCGAAGGCAAGGCGCUGGACGAGCUGAACCGGUUUACGCGUGCCCACGCCAGGAGGGAAGGGAUUAGAGACGAAAUAGAAAGCGAUGCCAAGGUGAAGCAUGUGCUGAUCGCAAAUCCCACCAAGUACGAGCGCAUGUUGAGACAGGAACAGAGCAAGCAGCCGCCAAGAGUCGGCAAGAUCACCGACCUGGAAGCAAGAAAGUCGAGUGGAACCGCUCAAUCAGCCAAGACCAAGCAGGAUUUGAAGGAAUUGUAUGGAUAA